GGCGUUUCCCGCACGGCGAGACCGAAAAAAAGUUCGGAGACCAGCAGAUGGUUCAUCAUCAAGCACACCCCUCGACAAUCCCCAAACACACGCAAAAUGGCGCCAGGCCGGACAGUCAAGCGGAGACGCUUGAGUCCACCGGAUGAUGAAGUGUCGUCAAAACAAAAUUCCAAAAAGGCAUCAGUGAACGACUUCUACAGUCGAGCUGCGGAGUGGGAUCUUGAACAAGACUACGAACGACGACCACGCAAGGCGAAGAAAGAUAAAGAGCAAUCGCGAUUGCCCAUCAAGACUGCGGAAGGCUCCAUCGAGCAUGUAAAGACUGAAGCGCCGGAAGAGGACUCGGACAGUUUUUUUGACAGCGACGAGGAUGGAGAUGUGCAGGCCGCGACUGCGGAGCCCGAGCCUGAAAAGGUCCCUGAGCUGCCAAAGAUUCCCCUGAAGCUUCAGAUUAUACAAACGAAGGAAGAGCUUGCGAGAUUGGCUGGGUUGAUCAAUGAAGACCCUGAGGAGCACGUCAGCUCCUUCAAGAAGCUGACCGAUAUGGUGGACAACGCCUCCCACACGACGAUUAAAAAGCUAGCUCUUGCUGCGCAGGCUGCAAUCUACAGGGAUGUGAUUCCCGGAUACAGGAUUCGCCCUCUGAGUGAGGAAGACAUGUCUGCGAAGAUCUCAAAGGAGAUACGGAAGGUGCGUAACUACGAGCAGGCGUUGCUCUCCGGUUACAAGAGCUACGUCCAGCACCUAGCGUCCUUCGCAGGAAGACAGAAAGGACAACAGCAAGAGGUUGAUCCCGGCCUGAAAACUGUCGCCAUCAACUGUGCCUGUAGCCUUCUACUUGCUGUUCCGCAUUUCAACUUUCGAGGAGAGUUGUUGAAGAUUCUCGUCAACCGGCUCGCGAAGAGGCCGGUCGAUGCUGACUUCAUUAAGUGUCGAGAGACCAUGGAGGAGAUAUUUGAGAAAGACAGCGAUGGGAUGGUCUCCCUCGAAGCUGUCGGUCUUCUUUCGAAGAUGAUGAAAGCUAAAGAAUUCAGAAUUCACGAAAGCGUUUUGGAUACCUUUCUUCAUCUCCGGUUGCUGUCUGAAUUUUCGGCCAAGGGCUCGAGGGAUCGCAUCACGCACGAAGCUGAGGAGGAGCCUGUGCGAGGCAAGAAGAAGGAAAAGAAAGAGUUCAGGAACAAGAAGCAGCGCAAAUUGCUAAAAGAGCGCAAGGCGGUGGAAAAGGAUAUGAAGGAAGCGGAUGCCCUUGUCAGCCAUGAACAGAGGGACAAAAACCAGGCGGAAACCUUGAAGCUUGUAUUCGGUGUCUAUUUCCGCAUCCUGAAGCAGCGCAUUCCAAACCUCAUGGGAGCUGUGCUAGAGGGUCUCGCAAAGUACGCUCAUCUGAUCAACCAGGACUUCUUUGGUGACCUGCUUGAGGCUCUCAAAGAACUGAUAGCACAAGCUGAGGUCGGUAAAGGCGAGGAGGAAGAAGAAGACGAAUCCCAGGAUACCGAUGUUCCCACCACUCGGAAUGCUCUCCGUGAGACCCUUCUCUGCACGAUCACUGCCUUUGCACUUCUAGAAGGACAGGACGCAAGCAAAGCUGCUGCGUCACUACACCUUGAUCUCAGCUUCUUCAUCACACAUAUUUAUCGCGCCUUGUAUCCUCUCUCGACACAUCCCGACAUUGAGUUCAACCCCAGUGUAUCCCUGCGGCUACCCGACCCCGGUUCGAGAGAGUCCCAGAGGGAUCCAUCUGAACUGGGACAGAAGCGGAGAACCAAAGUGAAUUUCCAGACUCCGACCGUACUUCUCCUUCGCUGUUUGAAUUCGAUCCUGUUAUCCCGCUCCCACGGCAUGCCCCCUCCUAUCCGCCUUGCCGGUUUCUCCAAACGUCUGAUGACUGCAUCUCUUCAGCUGCCAGAGAAGUCUUCCCUCGCGGCUCUCUCACUUCUGACGAAUGUCACUAAACAUCAUGGACGCAAGAUAGCUCCCUUGUGGAACACCGAGGAGCGGAAAGGCGACGGAGUCUUCAAACCCCUUGCUCCGGACGUGGAACAGAGCAACGUAUUCGCUGCUACCGUCUGGGAAGGUGAAUUACUGAGGAUUCACUACUGUCCUCAGGUGAGGGAGGCCGCGCUGGAUGUUGAAAAGAUGAUCGCAGGGGUGAAAUGAUUAGCCUUUCAAUAUUACUGUUGAUUUUUCUUUCCGUUACCAAAAUAGGAUCCUCUCGUGCUCGAGGAUCGAACAAUCUUUCUUGUACGUACCAUUACUACCCUGAAAUGUAGUAAAGAUACCCGGGCUCUUCGUUCAAUUCUCUUUUCAUCGAUCUUUAGAUCCUUUAAUCCUAGACAAAUAUCCGAACCAUAUGACUACCAG